AUGAGCUCGCAGGAGGAUGGCUGUCACGAUGAUCCAACAUCUUAUUUAUCCCAUGCUUCAGCUUCACGGUUUCACUGCGGGAUACUCUAUAAAACAUGCACGGUGAGGACUCGGCUCUUCCCUGCUAUCAGCACGCGGAGGAGACGCUCUGCAAGGUGCACUUUACUGUCUCUCCUGUGGCGGGCGGUUCCCAUGGCCGGCUGUCAGAACACAGAAGCGGACAGUAGCCAGAAGUCCUUCCAUAGAGGAGACUCCAGCCUGUUCUGUAGCAGCCGUUGUGAGGCACUACAGGAGACUGAAGAGGAGGAUAAGGAUGAGGAGGCGGUGUCUAGUCCAGCUCCAGAUUACGCCCAGCAGCUGUGCAGCAUUCUGGGUCCCGAGACCGCAGAUUAUUUCCUAAAUCCUCCGCCGAUGGAGUUCCACGUGAGCCCGUCCGUACAGAAGAUCUUGGAUGAAAUGGAAGACUCCCUGGGAGCUGAGGAACUGUGGAGAAUACUGCAAACAAAAUCCAAGCAGAAGCUUAAGGAAGAGUACGGUGAACCCAUAAGACUAGAAAAGAUAAACAUUCUGAAGAACUUUGCUCAGCGUCCGGCGAUGCAGAAAGUGGUCGCCAAGCGUCAUCAUCUCACCUAUAUGAGACAGACUUUGCUACACCAGCAGGACCUGACCAACAUGCUUCUGUCUGACAAUCCUCUUCCGGAUAUGAAUGGCCACCAGAGGGACCUCAGGGGCACCUCUCACAGAAUGCAGAGAUCCCAUGUGGUGCCAAGCGGGACACUCACAUACAAGAAGCAGACAAAAUCUUUCAUCGAAACACAGCAAACUGCGAAGAUCUACCGAGAGUUGCUGACCAUUGUGGCUAGAACCGCACCCGCUCCAAACCUGAGCUCCUCCAAACAAGAAAGUGCCACGAGCCCCCCGUCCAAUCAGCAGCAGGCCGGCCAUCCCCCCCCUUCUUGUAAGAAAUGGGACGGCUAUGGCCCAUCUGCUCCCUCCCAGGGCCCGGGAGAAGGGAACGGCGUGGACUGUGCUCAGGUGCUGAGAGCAAACGCAGGUAUCAGCCGCAUGCACUGA